AUGACUACAGCCGCUUUCAAGUACAUCGAUCCCACAUCGUACGAUCCAAAUGCGACCGAAGCCUUUAAGAAGCCAUGGGGCAAAGUCGAUGGCCCCGGAUACUCGUUCAGAUUGAUUGACCAUCAGCGUCAAGUCGAGAACCUACGCGGACAAGAAGCAAACUUCAACACUGACAACGCCGGAUUUUCUGUAUUCAAGUCACCGUCAAAAGAGAAGGAGUUCACAGAUGAUACAGCUGUUCGCGAGGGAUACUACAAAGAGGUGGAGCAAGUUCUUAAAGAGAAGAUUCCUGGCAUCAAGAAGGUUGUCAUCUUUGACCACACAAUCCGUCGCAGAGAGAAGGCCUCGCCUCGUCAACCCGUCCAGCAGGUUCACGUAGAUCAGACACCGCGUGCUGCCGAGAUCCGAGUUCGUCGCCAUCUGCCUGAAGAUGAGGCGGAGGAGCUGCUCAAGGGCCGCUACCAGAUCAUCAAUGUCUGGCGACCGAUUGGCCACAACGCGAGCGACUUCCCUCUGGCUGUCAUUGACUGGCGCUCAACGACUGAAAAGGACUUUGUCAAGGUCGACCUGCUAUACCCGAAGCGCACAGAUGAUGAUGCCGAUGACAGAGGCAAGGAGGUCUUGCCCGAUCCCAACUCACAGACCUCUACCCAGGGGUAUGAGCCCAAGGGUGAGACCUAUGCUGUUGCUCCUUCAGACAAGCACAAGUUUUACUACAUGAAAGACAUGACGCCCGACGAGCUCAUGCUCCUCAAGUGCUUUGACAGCAGAAGUGAGUGGUCGCCAAACAGCACUCCUGGUCUAGCCCAUGGCACCCCUCAUACCGCAUUCGUCGACCCUCAGACCCCGGCAGAUGCUCCCGGUAGACAGAGCAUUGAGGUCAGAUGCUUGGUCUUCUACGAUUGA